GUUUGAAGUAAAUUUAGGGAGGAGGGAGUAUGAGGUAGAAAAGUUUUGGACGUGUGAUGGGAUGGCAAAGAAGCAGCCUUGUUGCCAUCAAGCAGGCCUUCUCAAGACACCGGAGGUGGCGUGGUGAUGCACUAUGCUUCACAGCGGGGGAUCGUAGCCCGGGUCUGCCACUGCCGGGGAUGGUGGAGAGGCCACAACAACCAAUUGGGUUUCCCACGGCCAUAGCAGGAUUUUGGUUUAAUUGCCGAAAAGGUGAAACCUUGUCCAAUUUUGUCUUUAAGAGGUGGGGUUGUCCAUGUGGCCCCAAAGGGUAUGCAUCUAUGGCUGCUGCGAAGCAGGUGCCUAGUUCUUCACACGAGGCUGACGGAGAAGAACGUGAUGGGGAUGAAGAUAUUGCAAACGAGCCGAAGAAGAAGACCAAUGUUGUUCCGGAGCACCUGGAAACGCUCUUCGCAGGUUGGGUUGAGCCUCUGCGGGUGGCCAUAGCCAAGGAGCAAGAGCUGUGCCUGCAGGGCGAGAAGAAGGCCUCAUAUGCCAGGUAUCUGGUCCAGUUGGAUGCCAAAACUAUUGCAGAGAUUACGCUCCGUGAGUUGAAGGUUGGGGUGAUUGUGGCACGUAGAUCAGUGCACCUUUAUUCCCUUGCUACCUCUAUCGGAUUUAACAUAGAGAUGGAGGCAAGGAUACAGAGUUUUCUCGAAAAAACCAAAGCCAAGCUUAGGAAAAAACGAGAAAGGAUGGAUGGCAGAUGUGAUGAAGCUGAAGAGGAGCUGAAGAAAUUGGAGAAAGAAGUUGUUAAAAUGUGGAAGGGAGGAGAGUAUGAGCCCUUGAGGGUCGUGAUUAAGGGACGAGACUGGGGUUUCCCUAUGUAUGAGAAGAUUGGAAGGCGUGUGUUGCAAUUGCUUACAGAAGCAGCAUAUGUACAGCCUCCUCCCGACCUGCUUUUGCACUCGACAUUAAGUCAUUGCGCUACCCAUAUAAUAACUUUGUAGAGUUUGACAGUCUCUUAGCACAAUAGAGGGAAACGUUGAACUUCAACUAGGUGGACCAGUGACCCUCUUCUAUCAACUAGCAACUGACAAAUGGCUUAUGGGAAACGACUGUCGUGUCCAGUGACGGAAUCAGAACAAUUUUUGAGCCGGUGCUGAAAUAUUAAAAAAAAAUGUGCGUGAGAAAGUAUACCCUCCAACUUCAUUUUGAAGAAAUAAAAUACAUAAUUUUUAUACUAUAAGAGACUAGAAAGUUCAGCCAAAAAAAUACAUAAUUUUUAAAUUUGUAACAUAUACUAGUAUAUACCAUUUGACUUUAUAGAAAACGUAUAUAUCCUUUAACCAUUUAGAAAAAAUUGUACUACCUCCGUCUCAUUAAUAAAG